AUGGCAUCCAACGGGACCGAGGCGACAAGAAAAGGCGGGCAAUGGCGGACGUGGCAAAGCGACGAGGACAUUCCACAACGGAAAAUCUUGAUUCAACACAUAUUACGUUUGUUUCAACAGCGCAAACCGUCCGUGACGAAAGAGUGGCAACAAAAGCUUCCGGACUUUGUGUUGCGUCUCGAAGAAGCGGUGUAUCGAGGCGCGCGAACGAAGGAGGAGUAUUGCGAUAAAGAUACGUUAGAGGCGAGGUUACAGGCCGUGGCGAGGAUUAUGGUGACGAGGCCCGGUGCAAAAGCCGCGCAGAUGCAACAACAGCAGCAACAAGCGCAAGCGCAGCAGCAACAGCAACAGAUUAUGAACGGCGGCCAACCGAACCCGGCGUUGAUUGGAAGCGCGAACGGUAUGGGAAUGAACGGAGCGGUGCCACCUGGUGCGUUGAUUGGGAGUGGUGGUAUGCCGCCACCAGGGCAAAUGGUUCCCAUGAACGGGGUUGGGAACGUCUUAGCAAAUGGACAGCGAUUAAUUAGAGGUCAAGAAGCGGGGUCGCCGGGCGGCGGGAACAACGCGCCGAUGCAGAUGCUCGGACCAAACGGCGUUCCAUUAACCGCAGCGCAAAUGACGCAAUUUAACCAAGGAACUACAACUAGCAAUAAACCGUUAACUGCGGCUGAGAAGAAAGCGCAAGUGGCGAGAGCGAAAGCGAUCGCUGCGACGAGCAAACAGCAACAAGCCGCAGCGGGCGGGAAGAAGAAGAAGAAAGAAACGAAAGCGCAAGCUGCGGCUCGAUUAGCGGCGGAACAGGAGCAAGCGACACAGCAAGCGGCACAGCAAGCACAGCAAACGCAACAAACGCAACAACAAAUCCGUCCGGGGGCAUCCGCGCCGCCCGGAUCAACCGACGAGCAAAUCAAGAAAGCGUACAUUGUCAAGCAACAGCGAUGGUUGCUCUUCCUUCGUCACGCGUCGAAAUGUCAAGCGGCGGAAGGAAAGUGUCCGUAUACGCCGCACUGCCACGUGGCAAAGCACUUAUGGGAGCACGUCUUGAAGUGCACGUUACCGACGUGCCAAUACCCGAGAUGUUUAGCGUCCAGAGAGUUGUUGAAACACCACCAAAACUGCAAAGAUCCGCGUUGUCCGGUGUGCGGCCCAGUUCGGUCGGCGAUGUUAAAACAGCGACAACAACAACAAGCGAUGCUCGCGCAGCAACAGGCUGCGGCGGCGCAAGGUGGUGGGAAGAAACAGAAGAUGACGAAAGCUGAACAAGCGGCCGCCAAGGCGGCGCAAGCGCAGUUUGAUUUGAUGCCUCCGCCGUUGAUGGUGAAAGGGACCGGAAACGCGGAUAGAAAACCAGGAGGCGAAGGCACGUCGUUAAUGGAAUGUUUCACGCCGGAGGAGAUCCGAACGCAUUUGGCGUCUUUACGACUGACGGAAGGGAAAGAGAAAAUACCUGGUAUUGUGGCGCCAAUGUCCGCGAGACGACGCGAUGCAGAAGCCGACAAGAUUAUUGCCAACGCUACGGAGUCUUCCUGCCGCGCUUGCGGCGUCGAACGGUUAACGUUUGAGCCGCCGCCGAUGUAUUGUUACUCGUGCGUCGGAAGAAUCAAGAGAGGUCAAGUGUACUACCACGUCCCAAACAUUCCGGGAGGCGAGAUGCGUAAGGACACGUGGUGUAAUCCGUGUUAUAAUACCAUCCAAGGCCACAUCGAUAUCGAAGGCCAACGCUUCCCGAAGAACUCUUUGAUUAAGAAGAAGAACGACGACGAUUUAGAAGAGCCGUGGGUCCAAUGCGAUUUCUGCAACAAUUGGUAUCACCAAAUAUGUGUCUUGUUUAACGGGAGGAAGAACACCCACGGCGAAGCACAUUUCACGUGCCCUACGUGCAUUUUAUCGCAAAUCGAGAAGCAAGAGCGAACGGUGACGUCUGAACGUCCCAACUCCAUGCAACCGGCCAAGACGUUGACGAAGACAGUUUUGGGCGACUAUUUGGAGAAGCGCGUCUUGGAUGCUUUGGCAGAGGAACGUGUCGCAAGAGCGAAACAUCUGGGCAUACCGGUCGAAACGGUGCCAACCGCGGAGGAUUUAACCAUUCGUGUCGUAUCGCAAACCGACAAGAAGUGCGACACGAAACAGCGGUUCAUGGAUGCGUUCAAGAAGGACGGUUUCCCGGAAGAAUUUUUGUACAAGAAUAGAGUCAUUUUGCUCUUUCAAAAAAUCGAGGGCGUGGACGUGUGUUUGAUGGCAAUUUACGUCCAAGAGUACGGCGAGGAUUGUCCGAACCCGAACAAACGACGCAUUUACUUGUCUUAUUUGGACUCGGUGAAAUACUUCCGCCCGGAAGGUAUCGUCGCCAGCAUCGGCGAACCGAUGGCACUGAGAACGUUCGUGUACCAUCAAAUUUUGAUUGGCUACCUGGAUUACGCCAAACAAAGAGGGUUCACCUCGUGUUUUAUUUGGGCGUGCCCACCGUUCCAAGGUGACGAUUACAUUUUGUAUUGUCACCCGAAGGUGCAAAAAGUCCCUAAAAGCGACAAGUUGCGCGAGUGGUACAUGAAGAUGCUCCGCGGCGCCGCCAAGGAAGGCAUCGUGCACUCGGUGACGAACAUUUACGACGAGUACAAUUUAGGUGGCUCUUUGCAAGAGGUUCGAUCGGCGAGAGAUUAUCCGUACUUUGAUGGCGAUUAUUUUCCCGGCGUUGCUGAAGAAUGGAUCCCAGGCAUCAUCGCAGAACAAGAGGAGCAAAAGAAGCAAAUGAAGACGCUCACGACGGGCACGAAAGUCAACGCGCGCAAAGCGGCAAAAUCUGCAAACAAAAAAGUCUACUCGGCGUCUGUCGACGGUGAUUUAGACUCCGAGUUGAUGAAAAAACUCGGCGUGACGAUUUCCGCCAUGCGCAACGAUUUCAUCUUGGCGCACUUGGCGCCAAAGUGUACGAACUGCCGCAAAACCGUCGCGGAGGAAAACUUGUACGUUCCGAAGGAGGAAAAUCCGAAAGAUCCUUUGCGUCUGUGCGAGGAGUGUAACUCGAUCGAGUCCGCCAUGCCCAGAGAGGAGAAGAAGUUCUUAAGCAGAGGCGAGUUGGUGUGCCAGAAGUGCCCGCCGUUGCCGGCCGUGAAAGAAGAGAAAGUCAAAGAGGAAGAGGACAAAGCCAUGCAAUCCGAGUUUUUCGAUACGCGACAAGCGUUUCUUUCGUUGUGUCAAGGAAACCACUUCCAAUUCGAUUCGUUGCGUCGCGCGAAGCACACGACGAUGAUGGUGUUGUACCACUUGAAUAACCCAUCCGAACCAGCGUUUGUGGCUACUUGUAACGUCUGCUCUCGCGAACUCGAAGCCGGUGCCGGUUACAGAUGCACAAAGUGCGCUGACUUUGAUAUUUGCGAAGAGUGCCGCGUGCGUGUUGGUCAUCAACACCCGUUGCAACGCCAAGGCCGAGGCCGAGGCGAAAAGCAACAAAUGACCGACGCGGAACGUCAAGCCAGACAGCAACAAAUCGAAAGAACCAUGGCUUUACUCGUCCACGCUUCCUCGUGUGCCAACGCCAAGUGCGACAACCCGAACUGCGCCAAGGUGAAACAACUCUUCCAACACGCGAUGAAGUGUCAAACCAAAGCGGCUGGCGGAUGCCACUUGUGCCGAAAAAUCUGGACGUUAUUACAAGUUCACUCUAAAGGCUGCGUCGCGCACGAGUGCCCGGUGCCUCGAUGCGCGGACUUGAAAGCGUACAGACGACGCGCUCAAGAGCAAGUGGAAGAGCGACGACGAAAACAGUACAGAAAGUACCUCGCCGGAAACUAA